GGCUCCUACGUGGACCUGGAGCCCACGGAGAGCGGGCAGUUCAAGCGCGAGGUGAUGGUUGAUGGCCAGAGCCACCUCCUGCUCAUCCGAGAGGAAGGAGGCGCCCCAGAUGCCAAGUUCGCCAACUGGGUGGACGCCGUCGUCUUUGUGUUCAGCCUGGAGAAUGAGAGCAGCUUCGAGGAGGUGACGCAGCUACAUGCACUGCUCAGCAGCCACCGGGGCACCAGCGACUUGGCCCUGGCGCUGGUGGGCACUCAGGACAAAAUCACUUCCUCCAAUCCCCGGGUGAUUGAGGACGCCCGAGCCCAGGCACUCUGUGGCGACAUGAAGCGGUGCCUCUACUACGAGACCUGUGCCACGUACGGCCUCAACGUGGACCGGGUCUUCACCGAAGUGGCCCAGAAGGUCGUGACGCUGAGGAAGCAGCAGCAGCUCCUGGCCUCCUGCAAGUCGCUGCCCCGCUCCCCCAGCCCCUCGCCGCCCCCCCCCAACGUGAGCCACCGGGAGCUGCGGGGCGAGCCCACGGUCACGCUGGGCACCCCCAGCUCCCUGCACCGCGGCGCCAAGCGCCGCACCAGCCUCUUCGCUAACCGCCGGGGCAGUGACUCGGAGAAGAGGAGCCUGGACAGCCGGGGCGAGGUGGCGGGCAGCGGACGUGCCAUCCCCAUCAAGCAGAGCUUCCUGCUCAAGCGCAGUGGCAACUCCCUCAACAAGGAGUGGAAGAAGAAAUAUGUCACCUUAUCCAGCAAUGGGCUCCUCUUCUACCACCCCAGCAUCAAUGAUUACAUCCACAGCACACACGGGAAGGAGAUGGACCUGCUCCGGACCACGGUCAAGGUGCCUGGCAAGCGUCCACCACGCGCUAUCUCUGCCUGCGGCCCAUCGGCCAGCAUCAACGGGCUGGUGAAGGACGUGGCGGGGGUGCAGGCACCUGAGGGGGCUGCCAGCACCUCCCCUGUGGGGCUGAGCCUCCCCCCAGAGCCAGGGGCCAAGGGCAUGGGCAAGGAGCGGUCGCUGCAGCGCUGUGCCUCUGCCUCCAGCGCCAAGAUGCCCAGCACUGCAGAUGGCCCCCCCACCUCUGAGACUAUAUCCAGCCCCAGCAGUUCGGGCAAAGACCCGCCACCGUCGCCCAUGAUUGACAGGAAGAAGCACCGCCGGAAGAAGCUGAUGACACCAUCCAAGACAGAGGGCUCAGCAGGACAAGCGGAAGCCAAGCGCAAAAUGUGGAAAUUAAAAAGCUUUGGUAGUUUAAGAAAUAUUUAUAAAACAGGUAACGUGGUCCGCGGCCGGCUCCACUCAUGCAUGUGGCUGUCUCCCAUCCUCGCCUGCCGCCGUUGCAUCCGCUGCCUCCGCGUCCCUGGCACCGCACCUCUGUCCCCCACUCCCACCCCAGAUCCCACCUGGGCCAGUCUCAACCUGGGGGCGCUGAUCUGCAUCGAGUGCUCGGGGAUUCACCGCAACUUGGGCACCCACCUGUCCCGCGUGCGCUCCCUUGACCUGGACGACUGGCCCCGGGAGCUCACGCUGGUGCUCACCUCCAUCGGCAACACCACUGCCAACAGCAUCUGGGAGAAGAACCCGCAGGGCCGCUGCAAGCCCACCCAUGAGUCGUCCCGGGAGGAGCGGGAGUCGUGGAUCCGGGAGAAGGACCUGGAGACGGUGAUGAUGCUCCUGGCCCAUAGCAAGAAGGAGCAGCUCAACGCUGCCACUGGUGACAAGGACCGCCGCACGGCACUGCACGUGGCCUGCGACCUGGCCCAGGUGGUCAUCACCCAGCUGCUGGUGUGGUACGGCGCGGACGUGAAGGCACGAGACGGGCUGGGCCGCACGGCGCUCUUCGCCACGCCGGGGCUGCGACGCAAGAGCAGCUCGGCCAGCGUGGGCCACUGCGAGGCUCGCACCGCCCUGGUAUAGCCGGGCCGGGACCUGGCACCGCCGGACUGCACGUGUCCCACCCCUCCCCAACCCCGCCGCGGCCCGGUUUGUAUUUUUAAUGCUCUAUUUAUUAUCCAGCUCCUGCUGGGGGCUCUUCUGCUCCUGUCCCCACCUUGCGCCACCCUCCAUGCCAGGUUGCGUCCCACCCCUCUCUUUGCGACGUGGUGACGAGGGGUUGCCCGGAUGCCUGGGUUCCCCUCCUGGUGCCGGUGGGUGAUGCCUGUACAGCCGCUGCCAGGGCCAGGACGCCUGGGCUCCCUGCUGUGCCUGGCACUGCUGGUGGUGACACCUCCUUCCCCCUCCCAACCUUGACAUGCACAUGCCACCUCUGUCCACAUCACCCUUGCCCAGGCCACUCCAUCCAUGCCACCCUUGCCUGGACCACCUCGUCCAUGCCAACCUUGCCCAGGCCGCCUUGUCCAUGCCACCCCUGACUGGGCCACCCCCAUCAGUGCCACCCCUUCCCAGGCCACCCUUGCCCAGGCCACCCCUGUCCAGGCCAUCCUUGUCACUGCCGCCCCUGGCCACACCACCAUGACAGCCCUCCCCCCACCUCCGGCCAUCCCGGUUCACCCCAUCUCUGUCACCUCUGUCCGUGCCACCCCAUCGGUGCCACCCCAUGCAUGGGGCAUGGGGGCGCAGGGGACCGUGGCGGGAGCAGAACAGGCCCCAGCACCCCCUCCCCGUCCUUUUCUAGAUGACCUUUUGUACAAAUCCCUCCACCCCGCCGUGGCCUGACCCCCUCC